AUGGCGGCGCCGACCCCGGGAGCUGGAGGAGCCUCGGGCGGCGCUUGCUGUAGCAGCGCGGGCGCCGGCGCGGGCUCGGGAUCUGGGGCUGCGGGGAUCGGGGGCCGGCUGCCCAGCCGGGUGUUGGAGUUGGUGUUUUCCUACCUGGAGCUGUCCGAACUGCGGAGCUGCGCCCUGGUAUGCAAGCACUGGUACCGCUGCCUGCACGGCGAUGAAAACAGCGAGGUGUGGCGGAGCCUGUGUGCCCGCAGCCUGGCCGAAGAGGCUUUGCGCACGGACAUUCUCUGCAACCUGCCCAGCUACAAGGCCAAGGUACGUGCUUUCCAACAUGCCUUCAGCACUAAUGACUGCUCCAGGAAUGUCUACAUUAAGAAGAAUGGCUUUACUUUACAUCGAAACCCCAUUGCACAGAGCACUGAUGGUGCAAGGACCAAGAUUGGUUUCAGUGAGGGCCGCCAUGCGUGGGAAGUAUGGUGGGAAGGCCCUCUGGGCACUGUGGCAGUGAUUGGAAUCGCCACAAAGCGGGCCCCCAUGCAGUGCCAGGGUUAUGUGGCAUUGUUGGGCAGCGAUGACCAAAGCUGGGGCUGGAAUCUGGUGGACAAUAAUCUACUACAUAAUGGGGAAGUCAAUGGCAGUUUUCCUCAGUGCAACAAUGCACCAAAGUAUCAGAUAGGAGAAAGAAUUCGAGUCAUCUUGGACAUGGAAGAUAAGACUUUAGCUUUUGAACGUGGAUAUGAGUUCCUGGGGGUUGCCUUUAGAGGACUUCCAAAGGCCUGCUUAUAUCCAGCAGUGUCUGCUGUGUAUGGCAACACAGAAGUGACUUUGGUUUACCUUGGAAAACCUUUGGAUGGAUGA